CGGGUUACAUUUGAAACUUCCCGUAAGGUAUGUGUGGUAAAAAUAAACCUGUUUCAUAUUAGUGGUCUCUAUAGCUUUUGUUUACUUUCGUGGUUCCUUGCUGACGUGUCUCGUAUUACAGCUGUAGACUCGCCAGAUUAUGGUACAUUGCUUGUUUCUUUGUAUAUGUUACUUAUGAUGUCCCUUUGAACGUUAUAUGUUUUGUGUAUAUUCUUGGUUAUACUGUCUUUCAUAAGGAGUGUGAUUUAUGUACCUUCUUAGUUAACACAAGUGUUUAUUUAUGUUUAUGUCUCUGUUCAACAACGUGUUUGUUUUAUUUGCAGUGUACUACUGUAGUGGAAUUGUUUACUGAAUAAAACCUUGAUUCUGGUUACAUCGGGUUUACUUCAAUUUAUUCAGUAAAACAAUUCAAUCGCCAUGGAACAGCUUCUACGCCCUCCCCGGUUCGAGGUGGACCCUGACUCUGCCCAGGCCGCCAAGGAGUGGACACACUGGCUGAGGACGUUUACAAACUUUGUUCAAGCAGUGCAGCUGACUACCCCUACGCUUGACAAACUAGUUCUUCUCACUAACUAUGUGGCUCCUAGUGUGUAUGACUUUAUUUCUGAGUGUGAGACUUAUGAGAAGGCUGAAGAGGUUCUGACAUCUUUGUACGUGAAACCAAAGAAUGAAAUAUUUGCCAGACAUUUACUUGCCACUCGCAGGCAAAACUCAGGUGAGUCCCUGGAUCAGUUCCUGCAGGCACUGAAGCUACUUGCUAAGGAAUGUCAAUUCAAAAGUGUAACUGCGGAGGAAGCGUGUGACAGUUAUGUUUGGGAUGCCUUCAUUAAUGGUUUGGUCUCGUGUGCAAUACGCCAGCGUCUGUUGGAGAAUAGGACACUGAACCUAAAUACUGCUUAUGAACAGGCCCGCACUCGGGAAAUGGCUCAGAGGCAUUCAGCCUCCUACUCUUCAGCAGAACCUGUCAAUGCUGCUGUGUCAGCAGUGAGUCGAGAGGAGGAAUCAUUUAGUGCUUAAGUAAGAGAGAGUCUGUUUCUGCUGCUACUUCUGGUGCUCAAUGUUUUUUUUGUGGGAACAACCGGCAUCCCCGGACUCAGUGUCCUGCUAAAGACGCAGUGUGUUUGAAAUGUAAGAAGCAAGGGCAUUAUGCUAGGGUGUGCUGCUCUGUGAA